UAAAUUAAUUGUUGAAGUUGUGACUUAUAUUAUUGUUAUUUUAUUGGUGGUGAUUUAUUUGUUACACCUUUUUCACUUUACAAUUUAAAACUGAGUAAUUUUCAGUUUAUUAAGUUUAAUUUUUUUGCCAAUUAUAUAAACAAAGAACUGCUACUUUUUCUUUCUUACAGCAAAAAAGUGCCAAAAUUAAAUCUUUCUGUUUAAUCUUUAAAUUUAAAUGUGCCUAAUCUGAGUUAUUUGUGCCUAUGUGGACCUAUGAUAAUUUAGAGAUCAAUCAAAUAUUUAUAGUUUCUUAUAACAUUGAAUUAACGCCACAUCCAAUGGUAAAUGUAAACUUGAUUUAAAUAAAAAUGUAUCUGAACACAUAGUGUGUAAAAUAUAAUUUCAGCUCUUGACCUCAGCCUAGUAUUACUUUAUGUGAUGAUUAUACAUGAAAAUUAAACAAAUAAAAAAUGAUGUUCCCACUUCUGUCCUAGCUUCUCUCUUGCUGUGUCUUCUUGGAGUUCUUUGCACUGUUGGGGCAGAGAGUGACACAUGUGUACCAAGUAAUCAGAUGGAAUGUUUUAACACAUCCGACUUUCAGGAUUCUUCUGAUAUUGUCAGCAUCAGGUUGUUAGAUGGUAAGAAGCUGAACAUCGACGUGAAUGGCCUCUCUGGUUCUCCCGUCUGCAGCUGGAUUAGAGGAAAUCGAACAAUCAUGACAUCGGACACGAGUCACCUCAUGAUCACGCAACCGCUUAGUAAAACAGAUUCAGACCAGUACACUCUGACUUGUUCUGAUCACAAUACGACCAUUUUCUCAAAGACUGUGGUCCUUCAUGUUCUGCAAAGACGACCCACCAAACCACAGUUGCUGCUGACAGACGUAGAAAACCCUUCAAGAUCUGCUUAUUUUAUGUGCAUUUCUGAGGAUAUUCCCAAGCCAACAAUUGAAUGGUCGACAAACGAGAAAGGGAUGGAUAUUUCCGAUGAAAAGGCAAAGAGCAAGGUGUCAACUACUCGCUACGAGGACAAAGGAGUGACGUGUUGUGCCACCAACACAGAAGGACAAGAAUGCACACAAUUAUAUGACUAUGACUUUAAUGAGAAGGAAACUGAUUCUAAUGUGACCUUGAGCCCCGGAGACAGUUUACUGCUUCGCUGCAAAAUUGAAGAUUCAAACCAAUAUGCUACUUGGAAGAAAGACGGGGAAGAACUGGACCUGGGCUCAUUAAGAUGCAGAGAUAAGCAAAUCAAAGAGGUGUGCCUUUUAACUGAUAAUCAUGUUUGGCGGAGGUCCUACCUGUCCAUCCCUAAAGUUAGUGAGAAGCACAGUGGCACCUACACCUGCAGCUUGAACAACAAGGACAAAUCUUUUCACGUCCAGGUUCAGGCUGAAGGUUUCGUCUCCGCUCAGCUGGAUGAACGUUUGAACGUGUUAGCUGAGAAAAAGGCUGGCGUUUGUUUGGAAGCAAAACUUUCCUACCGCCCUGCACUCCAGCUUUGCCAUUGGGAGGAUCCUGAUGGGAAGGUUACUAAAUGCACAGAGACUUGGGUAACAAAGCACAGGACCGUGAAAUUUUGUGAACUCAAAACAUCAGGAAUCUACAAGUUAUUUCUUGAAGCUGCAGGAAAAAAGGAAACAAAGGAGAUCACAGUUUGUCUUGCAGACAAACCAGAAUUCAAGUUUGAAAAAGGUUAUAAUUCCCUUACCUAUGAGGUUGAGAGUGUCGCACCAGUAAACUUCACAUGGACAUCCUGCAAAUCUUCUAAUGACAGCUGUAAAACAAACUCAUCCUGGGAGGUGGUUGCAGACGGCUAUGAAGAACAUCCUGAUGAAUUGUGUGUCAAAAAUGUUAAGAGCUCAUUGAACGAAGACAAGGUGGCAGGAUCGCUUGUAAAGUUUUGUGUGAAAAGCUCACUUGGAUUUUGGUGUGAACAAACAUAUGUGAUGCAGACAGCAGCUUCUCCUCAAGCGUCGACAGGUUUUCUUCAUUCCGAUUAUGGCUCCACUAUGCCGUUAAAAGUUUGUAUCUUCAUUCUGCUCCUGGCUUUUGCCUUUGUUGUAAUUGCGCUCUUCUACUUUGUCCAAAAGAAGAAACCAAAGUACCAGCCUCAGCUUCAGAUGAUCCAGAUGGUCGGGCCCAACGACAACGAUUAUAUCUACAUCAACUUUAAGGACUUUGAGUAUGACAAGAAAUGGGAGUUUCCCAGGGAGAAUCUUGAACUUGGUAAAGAACUGGGCUCUGGAGCUUUUGGCAUGGUCCUCCAGGCUACAGCGUAUGGCAUCAACAAGCCGGGAGUGUCUCAGCAGGUUGCUGUGAAGAUGCUGAAAGAAAAACACCAGUCGGUUGAAAAGGAAGCGCUCAUGUCCGAGCUGAAGAUGCUGACUCACAUCGGCCACCAUGCCAACAUCGUAAACCUCCUCGGGGCAUGCACUGAUUUAGGACCCAUUUACCUGAUCUUCCAAUACUGCUGCCAUGGAGACCUGCUGAACUAUCUUAAGAAAAACAGUGACCGCUACUACAAGUGUGUGACCGAUGCCUUUAGCAAGGACCGUUUCAGGAGCAUUUACAACAACAUUCAGCAGAAGAAAACUUCAAGUGAACCUGUCACAACCACGGACAACUACAUGCCCAUGCACAGCGUCACCACUGGGGGGCAGGAGAACAUUGCCCUUCUCACUCUCAGUUCUUGUGAAAUGGACACAGAUGAAGACCCUGAAAUCUUUGAGAGUCCUGACGAUCAGAUGGAGGACCUGCAGGCCCUCACCUUUGAUGACCUGCUGUCUUUUGCUUUACAAGUGGCCAAGGGCAUGGAGUUCCUCUCCUCCAAGAAUUGCAUCCACCGCGACCUGGCAGCUCGAAAUGUGUUAUUGUCAAAAGGAAGAAUGGCUAAGAUUGGUGACUUUGGCCUUGCCCGAGACAUCGACAACGACUCCAACUAUGUUGUGAGAGGAAACGUGCGUUUGCCAGUGAAGUGGAUGGCGCCAGAGAGCAUCUUUCAGGGCAUGUACACCACGAAGAGUGACGUCUGGGCUUAUGGCAUUCUGCUUUGGGAGAUCUUCUCACUUGGUGUUACUCCGUACCCCAGCAUGAAGGUGGAUCACACGUUCUAUGCAAUGAUCGAGAGAGGAUUCAAGAUGGACUGUCCGUACCACGCCAGCGAGUCGGUGUAUAAAAUGAUGUGCCAGUGCUGGGACCUUGAACCUUCCAAUCGUCCGUCUUUCUCCAAGGUGGUGUCCUUCAUUGACGACCAGCUGAUGAACAGAGAAGAGAAGCUCUACCAGAACAUGCACAACCAGAUGGACAGCGACUAUCAGAACGCAGAGACGAUUUUGGAUAUUUCUGUUUUGAUGCAAUUAAAAAACAAAACGGAGUCUGCUAAUGAUUACACCCAAGCCCACACAACUGAGAAACGCCAAACAGAGCCUGAGGCAGCUGAUGAGGAGCUUCUGAAGCCUUUUGGUUCAGAGUGAUCAGAUCUAUACCAUAAUGACGCUCAGCAUUUUAUACGCAAGAUAUAUAACUUAUACUCCUAUCAUUACAAACUUGACAGUAUUAAAAUUGUACUUUGUUU